AUGGGGAGCCGGGCAGGCCUGGCCCUGCUGCUCUUGGGCCUGGGGGUGCUUGCAAUGGAGGACCAGGCGUGGAAGAAGGAGAAGCUGGUGUGGGAGAUGGGGCACCUGUUCAAGCUGGAGGAGCUGGGCCACGCACAGGGCCCUUCUCAGCCCCCACCCAGCUUCAUGCUGGACCUCUUCAAGAGGGUGGCUGACACCAAUGGGGUCACCAAGGACCCGAAGGCUCUCAGGGGCAACAUGGUGCGAUGCUUCCAGGAAAAGGUACACAUCAACCAGUCCCACUUUUUCUUCAACCUCUCCUCGGUGGGGAAGCACGAGAAGGUUCUGAGAGCUGAGCUCCAUGUGUUCAAACUCCGGCACCUCCAGGACAGCCCCAGCCACGACCAGGCCCACCAUUACCACCGGGUGGAAGUCCACGAGGUCCUGGGCGCCACCCCCGAGUCAGAGCGGGGCCGCCUCCUGUGGGCCCGGGAGCUGCCCCUCACCUCCCGCGGCUGGCUCGUGUUUGACGUCACCCACACGGUGGCCUCCUGGAUCCAGAGGGAGGCCUCGGCCCGGAGCUUUCUGGUGCUGACCUCAAGGAACAUGGGCAGGCUGCUCAACUACAGCUCCAGCGGGAUUGACCGCAAGUGGGACCCCAGGGAGAACAGGAACUCCUUGCUGGUCGUCUACACCAACAACCGGGACCGGGAGCCCCCCCGGAAGGACCUCCUGACAGACAUGCCCUCUGCUCAGUGGCUGCCCUCGGAGUGGAAUUGCCCACCCCAGCAGGAGCCGCCCCCCAACGUCACCACCAGCCACUGCAGGCAGCCACGGAGCGUGCGGCCCCAGCCGAGGGGGCCCGUGGCCUGCCAGAAGCACCCACUCUACGUGGACUUCCAGGACAUCGGCUGGAACAGCUGGGUCAUCUCGCCCCGCGGCUACCAGGUCAACUACUGCAAGGGUGACUGCGUCUACCCGCUGGGCCACCGCACCAACGCCUCCAACCACGCGUCCUUCAUGUCCUUCCUCUCCUACUUCAAAGUCCGCGCCGACAUCUCCAGACCCUCCUGCGUCCCCAACAAGCUCAACUCCAUCAGCCUCCUCUACUUUGACGAGCAGAGGACGGUCGUGCUGCGGCAGUACACAGACAUGAUGGUGGACACCUGCGGCUGCCACUGA